UCCUAGCUUGCUAGCUGGAGAAGAAGGAGCUCGUCGUCGUCGUCCUCGCUAAAGGAGGGGUUGGGGUUCGGUGGCCGGAGAGAUGGAAGCCGCCGACGUGGAGAAUCUGAAGGCGACGGAGCUGAGGCUCGGGUUGCCGGGCACGGAGGAGGCGGUGCUGAUGCCGACGCCGCCGUCGACGCCUAGGGCGGGGAGCAAGCGCGCCCUCGCCGGCGAGCCGGAGGCCAAGAAGCCCGCCGCCGCCGCCGCCGCGCCACCUGCCGCCAAGGCUCAGGUGGUGGGAUGGCCGCCGGUGAGGUCGUACAGGAAGAGCUGCCUCCAGACGAGCGGCAGGAGCAAGCCAGCGGCGGAGGCGCCGCCGCAGCAGCAGAAGGAGGAGGCCGCCGGAGGGCUGUUCGUGAAGGUGAGCAUGGACGGGGCGCCGUACCUGAGGAAGAUAGACCUCAAGAUGUACAAGGGCUACCGCGAGCUGAGGGAGGCCCUCGAGGCCAUGUUCCUCUGCUUCUCCGGCGCCGGCGACGCCGCCGUCUGCCCGUCGGACUUCGCCGUCACCUACGAAGACAAGGACGGCGACCUCAUGCUCGUCGGCGACGUGCCAUUCGAGAUGUUCAUAAGCACUUGCAAGAGGUUGAGGAUUAUGAAGGGGUCUGAAGCAAGAGGCCUAGGAGCAUCAAGGGACUAAAACUCAAGAUCAUCAUCAAGAAGAAGAAAAAGAAAAAAAGAUCGAUGUCAUCAUCUUCAUGUUGUGCAUGAGCAAUUCUUUUGUUCUUUUUUGGGUUCUCCAAGACAUGGACGACAUGCAAUCAUCUCAUCUCGUCUCAUCUCAUUGCAACCUUCAAGACAACACAACAAGAAAAGCAAAAAAAAAAA